GAUUGUGAGAGUGGUGACAAAGAAGAACAUCUCUGAACCGGCUGGAAAACAUAACAAGACGACUCGAAAAAGUACACUGUGCAGUCCAAACUCAAGACACUGCUGUACAAACAAAUAUAUCUUCUCCCAAGAAAUCCACGAAGCCAGAGAUAAUUUUGAAUCAGCCAAUAAACAUGUCUAUAGCUGGAUAUGAAGAUCUUUUGAGUGGGCCAGUCAAAAAAUACUUAGAAUUAAGCCAAAAGAUUGGUGGUGAUGUAGCUAUUCAUAGCAAGCUUGUGGAGAAGGCUUUCCAAAUUCAACUUCAAUUCGUGCAAACGGCGGCAAACCGUACUGCACCGGUAAAUCAAUCUGAACAAAUAUCUCUGCUUGCGCCUAUGUCUGUGCAGAUUCAGCAGAUUCAAGAAUUUCGCGAAAGAAAUCGUGGAUCUCCAUUCUUUAAUCACUUAUCGGCAAUUAGUGAAAGUAUUCCGGCUUUAGGAUGGGUUGCUGUGUCUCCUACACCUGCUCCAUAUAUAAAAGAAAUGAAUGACGCUGGUCAAUUUUAUACCAAUCGUGUAUUGAAAGAUUGGAAGGAAAAGGAUAAAGUACACAUAGAUUGGUGUAAAACGUGGGUACAAACGUUGACCGAUCUGCAACAAUACGUUCGCCAACAUCAUACAACAGGUUUAGUAUGGGGAAAAACUAGUAUUGCACCUGUGGGUAUACCACCUCCUCCACCUCCCUCGAUGCCAAUUGAAGAUAUUUCAUCGAUGAUAAAUGAUGACAGAAGCGCCCUCUUUGCUCAGAUCAAUCAAGGAGAAAAUAUCACGAAAAAUUUGAAAAAAGUUACUUCAGAUAUGCAAACGCAUAAAAAUCCUGCUUUGAGAUCCGGACCUGCACCAUUUAAAGCACCAGCAGUUACUAAUAUGAUACCGAUAAAAAAUGUGUUAUCGGCGAAUGUACCUAUUGACAAACCACCAGUCUUUACUCGAGAUGGUAAAAAAUGGCUUGUGGAGUAUCACAAAGGAGAAAAUUUAGUAAUCGAUAAUGUGGAAAUGAAUAAUGUUAUUUAUAUGUUUCGAUGUCAAGAUAGUACACUUACUAUUAAAGGCAAAGUAAAUUCCAUUAUUAUGGAUUCUUGUCGUAAAUCAUCCGUUGUAUUUGAUUCUCUUGUAUCCAGUAUUGAAUUCGUUAAUUGUCAAAGCAUACAAAUGCAGGUUCUUGGGAAGGUACCUACAAUUUCCAUUGACAAAACGGACGGUUGUCAAAUGUAUUUAAACACAGAAUCUCUGAAUGUUGAACUUAUUACUAGCAAAUCUAGUGAAAUGAAUGUUAUGGUACCCAAAGCCAAUGGAGAUUAUAGUGAAUAUCCGGUACCAGAACAAUUUAAGACUACUAUUAACCAGAAUGGUCUUAAUACUACAGCUAUUGAUUCACUUGGUUAAAAGCAUAAGGGAUUUGUUUAAAUUCAUGUAGCCUAUCUUUUUAACAAUAUAUCUCAUUAAAGGUAUGAUUGUCACAGAGAUAUUGUCAAUUUAUUAAUAUUAUUAUUAUUUAUUGUCUUGUUUGUAGAGCUAAAAAAAAAUCCAAUACUGAACAUCUCACUUAUGUGUAACAAUUUGACUUAGUAUAUAUGAUUAGGUUUCAAAUGGACUUGUAUAAUGAAUUGUAUAAUUAUUAUCAACAGAUGCAUUCGGUAAUAAUCAGUAAUUUAUUAAAAUUACUUAAGAGGAAUUUUAUUAUAAAAAUAUUCUAAAAAUAUUUUUUUAUUAUAAAUUGUCAAAUUAUAAAGUCAACAUGAGUUAUAUCAAGAUAGUCAAUUUGCUAAUCUUAUUAUAAAGCUCCUGUUUCUCAUUGCAACGAUAUUGUAAUGUGAUAUCAGAAGCAAAAAAGUGAUUUUGUUUUCUUACUAAAUAUAUAAAAAUAAAUUAGUUUUUUUUGUAUAUCAUCACUUGCGUUAAUAAUAUGUAUUGGUAAAAUAUUGCGAAAAAUCUCUUUUUUAUUAUGCUGCUUACUUGCAAUAAAUUCAUAUGUAACUAAAUCUAUAUAUUCUACAUAUAUUUCCAACAGAAAUAAACUUUUUUACAAUUGAUUAAGAUUUACAGCUAUUUGUUAAUCAACGAAUCUCGAAAAAAGAAUUCUGGUCAUCAAUCUAUACUAUCGAACACGAGUGAUGGCGUACGACAAAAAUUAAUUAAUUUUAACACAAUAAAAUAAUUUCAUAAUAUUUUUUCAUUUAUAAUAUAAUAAUUCAAUAUUACGCAGUAAAGCAUCAGUAAUCUUAUUAAUUAUAAUAUAUUACUAGAGAUUAUCACAGGAUUUUUUUUAAUGGACAAGUAUUCAUACAAUAAGUUUGAAAGAAAGAUAAUAUAGUGAUGAUGUUAUACAUAUUAUUGAUUAAAAAUUUUAUCAUCUUUGAAUAGCUUUUUUAUACAUUUACAUCAUUUUCUAUGGUACAAGGAGUUUUGCUCAAACCUGUUGCUGCAUAGUAUUUGCUGAAUACUAAAUUGAAUAAAUAUUGUACACGUACAGUUAACAGGAAAAAAAAAUUACUAGGCCUCUGAGCAUUACUCUAAUGGUCAUUAAUGGUAUUGAAUGUCAUCAUAAAUAGUUCGAUAUGCUUUGCCUCUGAUAAACUUUUGCUCUAUGUGUAUAUCAUGUUUGGUACUAUACAGUAUUUAUUAAUGGAAUAUUAUAAAUAUAUAUAUAAUAAUCGAAAACUCUCUCGAGUAGAAAUCUAACAGCGUGAUAUCUCUAGUGAGAGUACACUAGUACUAUUAAUAUUAAUACUAGUACUAAUAAUAUAUUAAUACUAAUAAUAUUAAUAAUAUUAGUAGUAGUUUAGUAGUAUUAAUAUUUAAGUAAUGUUAACUUACUUAAAUAAAAUAUUAAAUAAUAAGAACGUUUAUAAUGAAUAACAGCGAUAUUAUAAGCAAAUUUUUCAUUUGUCUGUAUCGCACAAUUUUAAUAAAUACAUACUUAUUUCAUGUA